AUGCAGUUUCUCGCACUCAACCUGAGUUGUGAGCCUCCUAGUCGCGUGAACAUCGUGACAAUGACUCCUUUCCUGAAGAAUCUGAAAUUAGACGAGACGGAGAUGCCGUCAUGUGAGCGCACUCCACCUUGCACUCCUAAGACACCCUGCUCUCCUCUGGAACUUCAGAACACUAAUUUUUGCUUUAGAAAAGGUUCCGAUAUCCCGGUUAUCUAUCAACCGGAAGGCCACCCACGGCAGGCCGUCAUCGACGGAGAAAUCUGGCCCCCCAUCUUCAAACCCCAUCAUGUUCGAUCGGCCAAGAUGAUGCAAGUGGAGGAUGACGAUGUUUUCAUCGCAACUUAUCCAAAAUGUGGCACCACAUGGCUUCAACACAUCUGCCAUCAACUGCUUCGUGGCGAGAACUAUCAAGCCGACGAAGGAAACGAAUUGUGUGUCCAAAGUCCUAUGAUUGAGCGUAUGGGAGCGCAGUUCCUUUCCACCGUUGCUCACCCUCGGAUUUUGAAGACACACUUCUCGGUUUUGAACGUUCCGAAAAGCACGAAAGCAAAGUACAUCUACUGUGUGAGAAAUCCAAAGGACUGCUGCACCAGUUACUUUCAUCACAACCGCAACUUCAAAAUCUACAACUUUGCGGAUGGUGAAUGGGACACUUUUGUGGACCUCUUCCUUUCCGGACAACUCGCAUUCGGCGAUUACUUCGAUCAUCUGCUCGGUUGGCUUCCACUAAUCAACGAACCGAAUGUGCUCUUUAUCAUGUACGAGGACAUGAUGAAAGACCUGGAAGGAAGCAUUCACAAAAUCGGUAUGUUCCUCGGCGGUGAGGCAGAAAAGCUGGUGCAGGACCCCGCAAGACUGGAAGUGUGCGUACAGAACAGCCGUAUCGAAGCGAUGAAGAAGGAUCAGAAACGAUGGUUCCCCGAGGCACAGUUGCAUAAGAGCGAGUUCAUACGCAAGGGAGGUAGUCGUGAUUGGAAGAACUAUUUCACACGAGAACAAAGCGACCGCAUGGAUGCCCUCUUCAGAACUCGUCUAGCGGGGACUGUGGCCGAAAAAUGGUGGCAAGAAGAAAUGGCAUGGGACCAGCUGCCGAUAUUCGCACUAAACCACCUCGAUCUCGACGACGACAUCCAAUCCGUGUCCAGAAGAGGGUCUUUCAGUCUACAAGUGGACUCAUUCAAGGAACCCAACAGUUAUCUCAAUGACCGUCGCAGCUCUUAUGCGUCGUUGCUCUCAACUGGAUAUGGAUCUGCAUGGUCGCUCUCGAACUCGCACCUUUAA